AUGUUUGCAGCAAACGAUUUCGACCCAGGAUUUUAUUACACUUCAGAUCUAAUUCCAACUAGUGAGAGUGACUUGGAAGAAAAUAAUAACGUACAAGAGGAGGAUAUAGAAACAAGUAAUACUGACACAGUGGACGAUCUUUCAAACGGACGUCAUUAUGGCGAUUACAAUACAAUAAAUAUGGAUUUAGAUGGUGAAUACACUUCUGACGAAGAACAGCGUCCUCGUCCGACGCCAACAACAAGUCAUACUUUUCAACGACUUGUUGACCCUCAUGCUACCCGUCACCACCAUAGAUCUUCCUCACAACGAAGUCAUGGCUUUUCUCCGUUAGGAACGCGGUUUUCCUCGUUGCGGAGACAAAAUGCAAUUACAUCUUCCUUUCUUACGCAACAUGUUAAAAAUAAUAACGAACUUUCCAAACAAGCUAUAUCCGAUAAUGGCUCAAAGGAUUCGAGGCAAUUUCAUUUGCCAGAAUCUAGUUUUUUGCGUGCUGGAAUGUCGUUUACCGGAACGCAAAAUUUAAUGAAUUCACAUCCUCAGCAAAGGGACGAAGAAUGGGAAGUUAAAGUGACAAUUCAUUAUGUAAAUUAUAAGACAGGAACCGUUAUAGGAUUAAUGGAAGCUUUGAAUGUACCAAAUAGUUCAAACACCGUUGUUACGUAUUGGGAAGGUGAAAUGAUUGAUUUCGUUAACCAUUUUCUUUGGACGGAUAAAUGGAAUUCUAGCCCGGAAAUUGAUCUUCAACAUUGGAAGAAAUUCGAAGCCUUCCGUCAUAUGGAUGUUCGAAGUGUAAUCAGAGGAACCCCAACUAGAGAAUGGUUUCAAGAAGCAUGUCAAAAAUAUAUAUUCAUGAGAUGGAAGGAGCAUUAUUUUGUUAACGUAACUGCUCAGGAAAGUGGAUUAACUAUUGCCGGAUUUUAUUAUAUUUGCAUUAGGAGGAGUGAUGGAGCUAUUGAAGGUUAUUAUUUUGAUCCUGUUUCUACACCGUAUCAAAAAUUGACCCUUAAACCAUUAUUAGAAGGGAAUGGAAUUUCAUUCUGUGAUUAUAGUCUUAAUUAA